AUGAAGGGAUUUACACCUUUCUUCUUCAACAUGAUUAUUCUUGCGCUUCUGGUCGCCACCGUCUCCGCAACCAAGAUUAAUGUGCCACGACUGAGACUGUCCUACAAAGACCUGCUGUCCACGAACAGGUCAUCCAUCUUCAGUGGUCAUCAUGGCCAGCUCUCUCUUAGCGCCGUCUUUCUGGACGAGUACCGUGACCGGCUCUUCCUGGGAGGGAAAGACGUUCUUUACUCUCUCAUGCUGGGUCCUGUCAGCAGUGAAUCCAAAGAGAUCUCCUGGCCCCCGUUACCUGGUAACAGAGAAGACUGCAUUCAGAAAGGGAAGGAACAGACGGAGUGUGCCAAUUUUAUUCGUCUCCUGCAGCCCUACAACCGAACUCACCUGCUGGCCUGUGGCACUGGUGCCUUCCAGCCCAUGUGUACUUUCAUCUAUGUGGGACACAGAGGAGAGCAUGUGCUCACCAUGGACCCCCUGAAUGUGGAAAGCGGACGAGGAAAGAUUCCACAUGACCCCAGCUUCCCCUUCGCAAGCACAUUUAGUGGUGGGGAGUUGUACACAGGACUGACUGCAGAUUUCCUUGGAAGAGACUCAGUGAUUUUCAGGAGCAUGGGAGGUCGUUCCACAAUGAGGACAGAGACGGACCAAAAACUCCUUCAUGACCCCAAGUUCAUUGCUGCCCACCUCAUACCAGACAAUGACGACAGGGACAACGAUAAAGUGUAUUUCUUCUUCUCUGAGAAAGCCUCAGAGGCAGGGGACCGGGAGGGAGCGAUACACUCACACGUUGGACGAGUGUGUGCGAAUGAUGUUGGAGGCCAGAGAGUUCUGGUCAAUAAGUGGAGCACCUUCAUAAAAGCUAGACUCGUCUGCUCUGUACCAGGACCUCAUGGCAUUGACACACACUUCAACCAGCUUGAGGAUGUCUUCCUACUAAGGACCAAGGAUGAGAGGAACCCAGAUAUCUAUGCCAUCUUCAGCACCAUCAGCAAUGUGUUUCAGGGCUUUGCCAUAUGCGUUUACCGAAUGGCUGAUAUCAGAGAAGCUUUCAAUGGACCUUUUGCUCAUAAAGAAGGUCCUGACUACCAGUGGGGGGCUUAUGAGGGGAGGGUGCCCUACCCAAGACCUGGCGUGUGUCCCAGUAAAAUCACCAACCAGCCUGGCAGAGAGUUUGGCAGCACGAAGGACUUCCCUGAUUCGGUGCUGCAUUUCGCCCGCAGCCACCCGCUGAUGUGGCGGCCGGUGUACCCGGCCCUGCGCCAGCCCGUGCUUGUAAAGGCAAACAUUCCCUACAAGCUGAAACAAAUCGUGGUUGACCGGGUUGAGGCGGAGGAUGGGCAGUAUGAUGUCAUGUUCAUUGGUACAGAUAUCGGUACAGUGCUGAAAGUGAUUGCCCUGAACGGUGGGAAUAGUUUGGAGACAGAGGAGGUCACACUAGAGGAGCUGCAAGUCUUUAAAGUGCCAACUCCAAUUACCUCACUGGAUAUAUCUGUGAAAAGGCAAGCCUUGUAUGUGGGCUCUCCGGCAGGUGUGGCACAAGUUAGGCUGCACCGUUGUGAGACUUAUGGGAAAGCCUGUGCUGAGUGCUGCCUAGCCAGAGAUCCCUACUGCGCCUGGGACGGAUCCUCCUGCACGCGAUUUGUUCCCAACAGCAAACGCCGCUACCGCAGGCAGGACAUCAGGAAUGGAAACCCUGUGCUGCAGUGUGUGGAUCAAAAUCUGAGCGACCUAGAUGUGACAGAGGACAAGGUGGUGUAUGGAACAGAGAACAACAGCACCUUCUUAGAGUGCGUCCCUCGCUCACCACAAGCUACCGUCACCUGGUUAGUCCAGAGUGAUGAUCGCAAAGAAGAGGUGAAGCUGGACGACCGCGUAAUGUCCACAGAUCAGGGUCUGCUGUUCCGCCGUCUCUUCCGGCAGGACGAGGGCGUGUACAUCUGCCGCUCGCGAGAGCACGGCUUCACGCAGACCCUGGCCCGCCUCACGCUCGAGGUCCUCCAGGGCGACACGGUGGACGAACUCAUGGCCCGCGACAACGCGGGCCUCUCCGACACCUUCAAAGACCGCUCGACGGGAGGAUACAGGGCCUGGAUGCCCUGCAACACCUACAGCAGGGGAAGCUCAGCGAGCCAGAUGGGCCAAUCGCGCACCUGGUUCAAGGACAUCAUGCAGCUCAUCGGGCCGUCCAACCUGGCGCAUGUGGAGGAGUACUGCGAAAGGAUGUGGUGCAAUGACAAACUCAAGAGGAAGCACAAGAGCAUGAUGGAGAAAUACCGCCAGGCACAGGACAGUGCGAGGAAGACUCGCAGCAAGAGCUCCGGGGAGCGGAACCGGACGCCGCGGGAUCUGAGGGCACGGGAGGAGUAGCAAACGAGCACGUUAUAGGAAAGUGGAAGAAGACACAAAGGCCACAGGGGCGACAUUAAAUACCACUCUAAUAACCGUACUUGUAAAGAUUGUGGUAGUUCACUCUGCUUUGCCACUUAACUGAAUACAAAUUGAGAAUUUAUUGUAGACAAAACAGUUUAAUACUCCAGAAUAGACAGGAUGAUUGUUCUGUAAAAGGAAAACUCCAGUCAAAUGUUCCUCGUCGCGUUCCAGCAGUAAGCGAAUUAUGUGUCAGAGAUUUUCAGUCAUUUUGAAGUCAGUGCGCUGAAUUCCUGCAUGCAGAUGUUGUCCUGGCUGUCAUCCCGGAAAAGCAGGAGAUCUCAGUGGUCUGGACAGACGAAGAGACUAAUGUGGUGGAAGGAGCAAUUGGUGCAGAUGUGAUGAUGGUGGCAAAGAAGAGAGAAAGCUUUUUUUUCUUGUUUUUUUUUAUUUUGAUUAAGGACUUUUUCCCUCACAAUUUUUGUGUGUGAUCUUGUGUCACUGAUAAACAGACGCAUCUCUGUUAUCAUCAUGUUAUUUCAGAUUUGAUUUUUUUCCCCUCUAGGACUCUUAUGAAUACCUAGUGUUGACUUAUACUCAGUUGCUUGUUGUCUUUUGCAUAUAUAUGUAAUUCAGAAUCAAUUCUAUACACACGUUUUUGGACGGUUUCAACACAGUGCAACCACUGGAUUAAUUUCCUUUUCCGUAUAUAUUUAAUGGUCAAUGUACUUACCUCGCUCCUCCUUGGACUUACGACAACUUCUUUGAUGUUUUUCUGUACGAACACACUCAUACUCAUAUUAAUUUAAAUCUCCGUCACUCAACACACUGAACACAUAACUCAUAGUUGCUCAACUUGCUGAAACUAGAAGCUAUCAUGGGACGAUUGUUGAUGGUUCAACAGAUGAAGAUGCAUUCGUUUAUUUUUAAUUUUCUAUAAAAAAAAUCUCUCUGUAAACAUAAGCUGAGGAUCAAAGCUCACAAUCUUAAUUAAUAGUUAUUCCUAAUGACUUUUUUCUGUUGGAUGCCACAUAAUCUCAUACCAACUCUAGAGAAAUGACAGAAUCAAUUAUGAAAAUGAAAUUCUCUACAAAGAGUGGAAAUACCCAGCAUUAGUUUGGCUGUGGGUUGUACAUAGAUGGAAAAACAUGAAAAAGCCUAAAUAAGAAAGCAUCAAUGAAAUCAUGUAAAAUAAAAUGUAUUGUAUUCAUUCUAUACCCAGCUCAGUUGUUGUAUGUUUGACAUAUUAUAAUUAGAAUUCUACUAUUAAUGCUAAGCAGAGUAUUUUCAUAUUGUGUUAUAUUUUGUUGAUUGGAAACAUUUUUAAAAAGUAAACUACCUACCAGAAGUGUUUUUUCACCUGGAGUCUCCAUUGUAUGAAUAGUAUUUAAAGGAAGAUGAGUACUUUCUUAAAUACUCUAAAGUGUCUUGUUGGUCAGGAGAAUACCUGCAUAUUUUAUAUCGGGCAAUUUGUUUAUGGAGAGCAACAAUAAUACUAUUUAAUCUUUUUGUUUCAUAAUUAGAAAAUGGCUUCUCAGAAGGGAAUAAAAGAGGGAAUAUGGGCAAAUUUUGCCUUUAGAAAGGUACGUCGUUAUAAGCUUCUUAUGAAGAUUUUAGUUUGAAACUCCUUAUACAAACAUUGUAGUUGAGUUUCCUACAAACCGUGAGGUGAAACCUUUUAAAGGAGAGAGCAUUCAGUCUCCAUACCAUAUUUGAGCAUGUCCUAAACGGUUCUUUUUUUUUCUUAGAAAAACAUUGAGAUAUGUCUCCCAAGAAAAUUCUUUAUUUAACUUUUGUGUGUUAAGAAAAAGCAGUUUUGAGGAAACAUACUAUUUCUGUAAGUGUGAUGUAAUGCAUUGUUUCAACUUCUGUCAACUGUCAGCAGAAAAAGGAAGCUAAAAUGCAUUUUUCAGUAACCUUUGUAACCAUGACUAUAACAAUAAUGUGUAAAAGAUGCAAGUCUAAGACAUGGUUUCAUUUUAAACCGGUUGACAUUUGAUCGAAUUGCCAAAGUAACUGCUGACUCAUAGUUAGUGGUUUGACACUGAUCCUGCACAGUGAAUUAAACAAAAAGCAGUUUUCUUUUCUUGUACAACACUACGUAAACCCACUGAAUACAGUUUUUGUACAGUUUAAAGCAUGUUGCUUUUUUGCAUGUAACAUUUUACGCUUUUUAACUUAAUCCUGUGUCCGCUGUUGGUAGCUGUGUAGAUUAUUUGCUUUGUAACUUCUAUUUGACACUGUUUGGAAUCACAGCAUUUGUUCCCUUAAUGUCCAACUGUGGAUUUUUUUGUGUGUACUGUAUAUAAGAACAACUCAUUUAUUUUUCAUUUCUGGUAUGACUUUAUAGAAACUGGGAGCAACAGCUUUCACUCCAGCCAAAUAAAUUGGUGACACUUCACAAACUAUCCUCUUGCUUUCACAAGUGCUCCACAUAGAAGACACAGUAAAUAGACUCAAGAUAGAAUUGAAAAUUGAAAUGAUUCAUUCUUAAAGACAUGAUUAUGUGCCAAUAGCACCUAAUUGUUUUAAACCUGGAAGCUUCAAUAAGUGGGCUAUCUCCAUAUAGGACUCUUUAUGUCAAGAGAAAAAUAAAGUUCCUCCUAUUUUUCUUUUAUUUUUGUUUAGUCAUUGUUAAAAAUUUGAGCUGUUUGUUGGGUGUAUUAGUAAUAAAAUGUGUAUUUAUGUUUUAUUUAAGUAAGUUUCAACUGUGCAUGCUAUGACCUUGUAUGCUAUUUAACACCAUUAAAAGUGGAUCCUUUUUAACAUAAAACUGAUGCCACAAUUAAUUUAAUUUCCAGCUUGUGAGGAACAGACAGAAGCUAUACAUACUUUGUUAUCUUGGCUGGGCUAGGUUAAUGGUAGCUAUAUAAACACACAAACAGCAGUGCUGCAAAAUGAGUCACUCUUCUAAUUUGUAUGGUUUACUGCUCUGAAACCAAGACUGUAUUUGUAAUAAAAUCAACAAUAUGCAGACUGCACACCUGCUAUGAAGUCAUUUGGCACUAAGUGCUGAAGUGACUAGCUCUAUUUCCCUUGUGUUUGCUUUAUUACUUUCA